GGCCCUCACUAGUUCACAACAAUAUCGAACAUAUUAUUUAAAUACAAAAUAAUUGUUAUGCAUAAAUUGAAAUAUUAUCAAAAACAAUAUGAUCAAUUACUUUAGUAUUUUUAUUUUUUUAUGUAUUUAUAAAAUAUGAAAUGAAAGUAUUAAAAAUUAGCAUAUUAGAGUUAGUGCAUUUUAAUAAAAAUAAUGGGGUUAAUAUUUGCUUAGUAUAUCUUUCUCUUGAUUUGAGUUAUUUAGGUGUAUGAUAUUUUAUUAUGAUGUUUCAUUAGUAGGAUAUAUCUAAAUUCGUGUUUCUUAAAUAAUUUAAUCCCUCUACCACUUUAAACUCUGUAGUUGAAUCAUCAAUGACGCUAUUUAAAGCAGUGUUUGUCAGUGAGCUGUCAAUCAGAGGCACUCACACUUUUAGUAGUCACAUUUACAUAAAUUAUUUGUUUUGCGUGUGUGCUGUGAUCAAUCCCAAUAUAUGUUAUAAAUAUAUAGUUAAUUUGCAAUAUUUUAUGAAUGAUAUUUUUGUAAACUAUUGACUAAUCCAAGAAUCAAUACUACACGUGGACAAUGCAGAGAUCAACGGAACAGUUGACUCAUUGCAGUACGGCGACGUUGGAGGAAAUCCUGGAUAAUUCGGACGGAGUAACGACACGAACUGUCUCCGAGAAGAUCAUGAGUAUCUGUAAAAAUACUAUACGUUGGGUGCUCUUUCUGGAUAUAUUACUUGCUUUAUCAGUCAUUGUAUUUCUAGCAGUAUUGGAAUUUGGGACAGUUCCGCAACAACAUAUCGGUUUUUACUGUAAUGAUCCAAAAAUUUCAUUCAAGUUCAUGGGAGAUACGAUUUCUAUUACAUUUUUGAUUGUUGGAUGUCUGUUAAUACCGAUCGUCGUGAUGUGGCUGUCUGAAUUCGUAUGCUACUCUGCAGAUAGCUAUGAUACAGAAUUAGGAUGCGCUGGUUCAAGAGCAAAACAAAUAUGGUUGUGGUAUGGUCACUAUUCGAUCGGAAUAAUUGCCUUAACGUUUAUAUGUGAUGUUAUGAAAACUCUGGUGGGCGAACCAAGACCACACUUUUUGGAUACGUGUAAACCACGAGAGGCAGAGAAUUGCACCAAUGAAUAUGUGGAAAAAUAUACGUGUACAAAUACAGAACAUUCAGAAUGGUUUGUCUCGGAUUCUAGCAAAUCAUUUCCAUCUGGCCAUUCUGCCCUCUCUAUGUUCACAACUACUUUUAUUGUGUGGUACUUACAACGCCGUUUACCAGAUCGGACGUUUUUCCUAAAACCGUGGUUACAAUGUAUAAUAUUUUUGUGGACUGUGAUAUGCUCAUUAACAAGGAUCGGUGACAAUAGACAUCAUUGGUGGGAUGUACUUGCAGGCAUCAUUUUGGGUUUCGCUUUUAGCAUGUUAACUGUUAUAGUGCCAUGCCGUAAGUUUCAUUUAAAUCAAAACGUCUCACAAAUAUAUAGUGAGCCUGUAGAAAGUGAACAAAUUAAUUACAACAAGAGAAAACAAAACACCAAGAAACUUUUACAUGAAACAAUAAUUGAUCCUUCGGAAAGUCGUGAAUUAAAGAAUAUUAAAUCAUCAACCUGGAGGGAAUAAAACUUAACACAUCAAAAUAUUUGAUAAGAGAAGAUUUAAAGAGGAAUUAUAAAUGUUUUGUUGUAUAAAUGUUCAAAAUUUCUAGUAGAAUUUAGUAGAAACGCUUUAUACAAAGUGUUUGAUAUGACAUGCCUAUUAUAUUUAAAAAAUUUAGUUCUUCAUGUGAUUGAUAAUAUAUUCAUAAAAUAAGACGAAAGGCUUAUAUUUUACAGUUUAUAUUGACAAAUAUUUUCUUGUAGGUAUUUAACCAAUGUAUAUAAUUACUAUAAUUUAGUAGUGAUAUUAUAUUUACGAUCUGCGUUUAUCAAAAUAAUUUUUAAAAAGCUAAACCGUAACGUCAAAUGUUUAUUAAUUGAACUGUACUAAUCGGACAUAUCUAAUUGUACAUGUGUGAUUUUAGUUAAUUAUUCGUCAUGCUCAUAUUUAUAAUAUUAGACGGUAAAAAAUGAUAAUGAAUUCUGUUUACUUGUUUAGAGGCGGAAAAUAUCUUGUUUGAAAGUAGGAAACUUCUUUUCCACUAUUUGACGAUACUAUUAGUUAAUAACUAUGUCAAAUAGAAUAGCAGAGCUGGAAAGAUGAUUAACGGAACGGAUAACGAGUAAGGGAAGGGCAAGGAAAGUACAUAGGUACAUACUUACAUAGUGCUUUCUAUCACUCACACACAAUCCUAUAUGGUUUUAUUUGUAUUUGGGAUAUUUUCGGUCAAUAUGCUUGCUUAUUUUUAUAACUGUGUCGGGUCUAUCAGAAAUAAUCAAUCAGACCCACAUUCUUUUAUCUAGCCAUCUUUCGGCUCUGUAUUGUACACCUCACUGAUUUCGAUGGUCUUGAAAUAUGCUGUCAUGGUUAACGUCCUAAUUAUAAGUACAUAUAUGUAUAACUGUUUCUUAUACCGUAUAUAACCGUCGGUCAACUUUUGUAGUUUCCGAGUUAUGUGUAAAAAACCUCAGCUAAAUUUAAGUUAAGAUUAUAUUACAUUCUGGCGUAAGCACUAUAUUUUUUAUAUAAGUCAAUCUACACUUAAUUCAUUGAUGAUAAUGAUUUUGAAUAUAAAUAAAAAAAAUUCAAAGGUUGAAUUAAAUUGAUAUCCAAUCAUCACUAACAAUAAGAUGAAAUAAUAUCUGAUGAAUUGUAUAUGAAAUGCUACAUUUUAUUCUAAUUUUUAGUUAGUUAAAAAUGUAGUAAUUCUAGCCGUUAUUAUUGAAAAAUUGUUUACAAAAUACAACAUUUGUGAAUUAAUUUAUUGCAUAACAUACCAUUAAAUAUAUUGUUGUAUAUUUUGAGAAAUGAAGCCGAUCGAUUGGUAUAUGUAUAGGAAAAUGCUACUAAGAAACAACAUAUUUGAAGGUCAUCGAAAUUAACGAGAUAUACUCUAUUUUACACAAUUACCUGUUACAAAAAAUGUUCCCUUAUUUUAAAACAACAGUGUUGAAAACAAACAAAAACUUCUUUUAUUAGCUUUCUCUACACUUCAAAUUAAUGUAAGAAAAAUAAGGAGAAUUAUUUUUUUAAUAUUUUUUUAAUAUGAGAGAGAUCAAUAAUUCAUUCCUAAUUACACAUUUUAAAUUUAUAUAAUAUUUGUAUUAUUUCUAAGCUUAUUUAGAUGUGAUACAUAUAUUUAUAAAUUUAUAUUUAGAGUAUAAAUUCAUAUUUAGACAUAAUAGAGUAAAAUUCAUAUUUAGAGUAUAAAUUGAACAAAUACAGAGUGCUGUAAGAAUAAUAAUGGGAUCAAGAAAGUAUAAAAUAAUGUAGAAUAAAAAUCUUACUAGUUUAUAGCCAAAGUUCUAUCCUCGAAAACAGAAACUGUGAAAAUAUUUGAAUAAAUAAUUUUACUAAUUAUUAAUAUAUCACAUGAAUAUUAGUACAUAUUAGUACAUGAAUAAAAAUUAUGGUACUUUUUGUUUAUAGAUCACAAUUUUGUAUAAAUACAAUCUUUUCAAUUAUAUUAAUUAUUUUCAAUUUCUACGGAAGUUGAAAAGAUAAAAAUUGAUUUGGAUUAAGUUUUAUUCUAACUAAUAAUUUUGGCUAUUAUAUUUUAUUUAUUAAAUUUUAAUAGAAUAUUAUUUUUCUCACUUAUACAAUACUUUCUUAAUUUCUUGAUAUCCCGAAUAAAAUUUUUUGGGAUAAUUUUUCUUGCUCAUGGGUACAGUAAAUAUAUUCAAAUAAUAAGUUCCAAUAAUAACAUUCCAUGUUCUGUAUUUAUAUUUUUCUCUUGAUUAAGAUUAUUGAAAUAUGCAUAAUGCAUUAAUAAUAUUAUAUUAGUAACAAUCAUACUAGUAGUAAUCAGAGUGAUUUGCAACAUGUCUUUGCGAGAAUCAGAAAAAUCAUGAUGCUCUGCUGGUUGAAAUUUGUAAUAUAUUAAAUUAAAAAGUAUGAACACAUGUAAUUUUAUAUUAAUGUACAUGUGAUUGUGUAUACAUUGAAAAUUAUUUCUUAAAUUUAGACAGAAUGUAUGUUUCAUGAUGUAUAAUGCUCAAAAGUUUUGGUCAAACCUAUCUUUUAUAAUAUUUAAAAAUGACAGAAAAAAUUCUAAUGGUGGUAAAACAUAUUGUGCUAGGUAUAAAAUAAAUUCCAUUAAUGUUUAUGCUUAAUAUAUGUCUUUUGCAUUGAAUGAUUCAAUUUUCAUGAAACUUGAAUGCUUAUAGUAAUCUAUCUGUGUAUAUGAUUUAAAAACAAAGUCAUUCUAAAUGUAAGUAAAACACAGCCUGGCGAUAUUAACAAAAGUAUCAUCUAGUAUAACAAUACAGUCGAACAAUAACAUUAUUGGUAUUAGGUUAUGCGCGUGGUAGUGACAAAAUUGUCGCUUUAGUAACGUUAUAAAUUGAAUUUUUGAUUGAUGCGAUACAAAAGAAAAAUAACGUUAUGUAGUCGUGUUGUCAAAUGCGCACAUGUCCAUAUAAACGAAUGCGUCUUUCCAUAAGCAACAAAUUGUCGGUAGUGCACGAGAGCUCUUAAACGAAAUUAUGAUCGAACAAAAUUUAUUUAGCGAUAAUGGAGAUGGAAGAAAAGUUUUAUGUUUAUUUCUGGUUUAUGUUGGCUUUGAUGUCGAAACAAUGUCCAGUCAGCUGUUUCUUCUCUAAAGCCUCUCACCUAAAGCGAGAGAAUCAUCUUGUAUAAUGAAUAUAUGCACUCAAAAUAAUCUAAAUGAAAAAUUUUUAUUUUUUUUCAUUAGUUUAUUAAAGCAGUAUUGACAUUUCGUUUUAAAUUAUCUAUCAUAUAAUAAUAGUAUUUUAAGUAUUUGACUUUACCUCGUAUAUACAUGUAGACACCAGUAGAAAUAGAAUUGACAUUAACAUAGAAAUUAUAAAAAAUAUAUAUGUAUUUCUUUCCUGGAGAUAUAAAUAAUCUUACUCACUACAUCUCAGUAGAUAGAUACAAAAACUAUAUUUUUAACUCGCUUCAAUUAAUAUACUUAUGUUCUUGUUAAAGGAAAGCAGUUUGCAAUUUUUUGCAAUUUUAUGUCUUUUUUCAUAAAAUGGCUUUAAUUCGUAUCGAAAUAGACAAUAAAAAAUAGACUCGAGCAGAUAGUACAAUAACAUGCCUUGGGCUUAGAUAUUCUAAAAUUUAACAUAUAAAAUUUCAUAAACGCAGUUCCAUUGCUAUUCAAAAUCUUGUAACAGAGGUUUGAAUUAGUUGACUGUUCUUUUUUUCUCAUAUUUGUUAUUUUAGCACUUGACUACUUGAUCGGAUCCAAUCGUUUUUGAUCAGUCUGUUUGAUUCUAAAUGAAGAAUUUGUUUCAAAAAUAUUUAACGUUUAAUUUCGGCUUCUUUAGUCUUCACUAAUAGCUGCAUAAUUAAAUUUUUUGUCCAAAAUUGACCUUUCCUUUUUUCUUUGCAUUGUAUUAUUAUCUAUUUAUUAUUUCGUCUAUGCCUUUUGGCUUUGGACGAGCUUCCGGUUUUACAUCUCGUUUACUUAUCUCGCUUUUUAUAUUCUAUUAUAUUAUAUCUCUUAUAUUGCACUCCCUUAAUUAUUGUGUCUCUAAAACUAUGGCAACUUUUGGGCUUUUGCCUCCUUGCUGUGCUUCCUUAUUGUCGUUCCUCCCCGUCUUGUAUUGCCCUUCUCUUCUCUAUUAUUGUUUUUAGUUCUGUUAAUCCUUCUCCAAUCUCGUUUAGUACUUUUUCUGUGUCCUUUGGUCCUGUCGUUAUUUCGCAUUCUUCUAUUACAUGUCUCAGGUCUUCUUCUUUCCUUUUACAUAGCCUGCAUCUUUUUUCUCCCUCUUCUUACCAGUAUUCCCUUGCUUUGGUCUCGUUUCCACAUCUGAAUCUUGCUAAUAUUUUUCUGUCCUUCCACUUCAUCCUCCCUUCUAAAUAUUUUGGUACUUUUCAUUGUAUUGGAAAAACUAGAAUAGGAUUUUUUUUAUUAUUAUCGGUAUCGCAUUCACCAUACAUAGAUUUGACGUUUUAAUUUUGUUAUAGUGACGAACAUGCUACAAUGUAGCAUGAUGGGAAGGAAUUGGACGAUAAUAUUUUGAUUCAUUACACAUUUUAUUGAGAUAAUUAAUAAAAAAUAUCUGCUUAUAGAAAAUUUAGCUUAUCAAAUUUUCAAAACAGCUGGUGCAUUCUUAUUGUUGUAACUAAUUGAAACAAACUAGUUCGGAGACAAUAACUUUAACAAACAAUCACAAAUGAAAUGAAUGAAAAGUAAUUAAUGAUCCAGAGAAAGAAAUAGAUAGAUAGAGAGAUAGAUAGAUAGAUAGAUAGAUAGAGAGAGAGAGGAAGGAGAAUAAGCCAGCAAAUUUUAUUGCAGAUUGUAAAAAAUUACUCAGCUUUUUUGACUCUAGAAGAUAAAUACUUUCCAAUGCAAAAUGAUCAGAAACAAUUGUGUUAAAGAAAUAUUCAAUUUUGCAGUUAAUAGUAUACAUUUGAAAAAAGGGAAAUAUUUCAUUUUAUUCGAGUGAAGCUUAAAAUAAAAUAAAUAAUCAAAUAGCCUCUAAUAGCUAUAUACAUAAAUUAUUAUAACCAAACUCAACAAAAAAUAGUUACAAGAAAAGAAGCGGUUAAUUCAAGUUUCCUACAUUACAUGGAGUAUCAGUAGAGUUGUAUUUAUAGGUUUUUAACAUGCGGUUAUUCAAUUUUCGCUAUCUAUAGCCCAAGAACACCUUAAGGCAUGUUAAGUCAUUAGAAGAAAGAUUUAAAUAAAAUUAUUUAAUAUUAUUAUAUAAUAUUUUAAUUAUGUAAUAUUUUCGUAAACUGAAAUUUUGUAAUAACUCGCUAUUCCAAUUUAUGAAAAUUCUAUGUCUUUAUUACAUUCCAAAAUCUUCAGUGAUAUAUUGUCAAUAUCCAUUAAUGGUUGCAAGUUUAUUUAAAUGUGUGUAUAUAUAUCUAACAAAUAUAUGUUCAUAAAUAUGAUCAGCAUUAAUGAUUCCGUCCAAUAAUAUUACAUUGUAAACUAUGAUCGAAGAAAAAUGAAAUUUGUAUUAUGAUAAAAUAUUUAUUCUUUUUUGCAGUUUAACAUAUGAAUAUUAUAAUAUUUAAUACCGUAAAGUACUUUCGACUUUUCUUGGGUUGUCAUGCAGCUAAAUUAAUGUCUUUCCAGCUUCAUAGCUAGAUAAUUAAAAGUUUAGUAUCGAAUUAAUGUCGUUAUAUAUCUUUUAAUUAUUAUCUGUUUAAGAUAUCUGUUGUUAUGUCAUUGAUCAUCAACUAAACGGAGCUUCUAAUCGAUUAGCUAAGAAUAACUGAUUAGAAAGCAGACGAUUAGGCUUCAGCAGUAUAUUGAUUUGUAUUUAUAUUGUUUAGGUAUAAUAUUAUUUUUCUAAUUCAUUGUAUGAUAUUUCACUCUAUGAAAGUAUCUCCACUUUGCCAUAUUCUAUUGGAAAAUAGUUGGAUGAUUUAAUAUUAUUUCCUCACUCCAUUAUAUACUCAUAUCCGUUCUUGAUAUUUUAGCAUACAGUUUCUUUUCGUAACAAUAAAUUUUUGAGUGUUAAAUUAAGAUUUUAAUGCAAUAUGGUACAGGGUGGUUCUCUUGCUAGAGGCCGCGGUCUGAGAAGUUGCCGUUGAUCCAAAAAUAAGAGUGUGAAAAUAAGAAUGAUUUCAAAUGCAUUAUACAUACCAACACAGGCUGUAUCGACAUCCUUGAUGUCGAAACAAUGACCGAUCAACGGUUUCUUCAUAGAGACAUCUAUAAUCUUACUCUGUAUAAUAAAUACAUAUAUAUGUAUGUAUAUAAUAUAUCAGAAGAAUUUGAAGGAAAAACAUUCUAAUCAGGUGAAAAUUUGUCAGAAUUUCUUUCUUUACAGUUGUCAGAUGUCUAAUCAACUUUGUGUUAAAUAUAAUCGUCUACAUUUGUAUAAUAUUAUCCGUUUAUAUUUAAUUCACUAUUAAUGUUUGCACUAACAAUGUAUAAAAAUUGUGAUAUAUUGGAAAGAAUUUGAUUGUAUGCAAAUGAUACUUAUUCUAAUGUAACAUCGCAUCUUUUCUAUGUAAUAUUUAUAUUAUUCCAAUACCUUAUGUAAAAAACAAUAUUUGGUUUUAAAGAAGAAAAGUAUACAUACAUAUCUAAAUACAAACAUUCUGAUCUUAUUAAAAAAUAUCGUCUGUUCAUUCUUUUAUUAGAAAAUAUAUUUUCUUUCAAUAUGAACAACGAUACUGUUGUUUAUCGCACACAUUGCUCUAUUGUAUUGUAUACGAUACAUACAUGGAUAUGCAUGAGAGAAAAUAUAAAGCAUCAAUCAUAUUCUUCAUCAAUCUUUUAAUGUAACAAUUAUACAAAUCUGUAAAAUAUUCUUUUUAUAUAUUUUCACAUAUGAUAUUACGUGAUAUACAAUGUAAAGGAAAACAUUAAAAAAGGAUAUUACGGCAUUUUUUAUAAAUCAAUGUACUUCUAAAUAAAUAUCUAUUAGUAGAAAAUAAUGAAACAGCGAAGCUUGUUGUUAAAGAUAUUAAAAAGACGGAAAAAGAAAGUUUAUUGUUUUUCUUUGAAACCAAAUAAUAAGUCUAUGUUGGUGAAAUUGUGAAUUACAGAAUCUUUUGUUGUGGAAUUUAGCACUUAAAUGCCAUUAAGAAUACUAAAUACUAUACAAAUUAUCAAUUAAUUGGUCUUUUUUCUAAAGAUUAGUAAGCCAUGUUCGCAUUUUAUGGAAAAGAAGAAAAGAAAUAAUAGUAAUAUUUACAUUUAAGAUUACUUAUAAUAUUUAUGAACAUAAAUAUAUAUAGCAUAUGAAUAUAAAAAUUCCAAUAUAUGAUAACUGUUUAUUAAUGCGGAUGAUUAUAAAAUAAUAUAAAAUUAUAAAAUUGUAUAUUAGAAAAUAUUAAAAUACCAAGAGAUCAUGACGAAUUAUAUGAAAAGUAGAAUAUUUUUCUGAAUGGUUCUCGGUGUUUGAUAGACGUGACAUUUGGUAGAUAUUAUAAAGUUUGUGAAAAGACUCAAACAAUAAAAUCUUCGGGAAAUCAUGCGUUCUGAAGAUACAGAAUCAUAUACAUAUAUUUACUUAUGUAUAAUAGAUGUUCGUUGUUAUUAGGCUGUGCUGGCGACAGUGAUUUAUAUAUAUAAUCCAGAUCAAUGCCGAUAACCCUCUUUAAAAGGAGCUAAUCAGUUUUUUCGCUUAUUGAGCGUUUUUGAGCCUAAUAUAUACGUACACAUAUUCAUCCCUCAGUCACAUAAAAAUACAUACAUGUAUAUCAUCCAUACUUGCAUUCUUAUAGGUACUAAUUGACGAACAUUGCUUGUAAUAACAGUAAAGAUCUAUCAUACAUAUAAUAUGUAGAAAUGAAUUCUUUCCGACAAUAAAACUUUUAUUCUACACAAAAAUUGGAAAAAUUUCAUUUCUACACCAAUUACACAAAGAUCUGUACCUUCCGAACGCGUGAUUUUUCGAAGCUAAGAUUUUAUAUGUCAAAUUUCUACUAUCCCAUCCAUGUUAUCAACAUGGUAUCAACCAAGUUGCGUCUCGAUUGGCCUCUGGGAAUACUCGGCACAAUAGCUGGAAAAUGUUAUUACAUGUAAUAUGUAUCGUUUAUUUCCCCAAGAAUGGAAUGAAAUUUGUAUAAAAUGAGAUACACACCAAAAUUAUAAUGAAGCACAAGAAAAGAAGAUAUUAUAUGAAAUAAUUUAUGUAUCAUCUUCGCACAUUUUUAACAUUCAUGAGAAAAAAAAACAUAUUUGCAAAGUACAAAACAUUGUCGUAAUACUAUCCACAUUACUGUAUUGCAUUCAAGGUAUAUUUAUCGUAAAAUUAAUUUCUUAAUUCAGCAAUUAAAAAUAUACGUUUAAUAGAUUUUAAAUUAUUAGAAGAUUAUCGUUGAAUUUUUUUAACAAUUUUGCUUAAUCUUAACCACAUUUUAUUUGUCGUUUUAUACUAGCAUUAACAAAGUAUUUUGAUUAAAUACUUUGUUUAAUAUUGAAAUGAUGCUCCUAUUUUCUAAUUUUAAUUUUGCGAGGAGGAAUCUGCAAAAAUUUUCAUGGUAAUUCUAUAUUUAUUAAUUUAUACAUCAUGCAACCUAUAUUUAGAAAAGAAAAAGUAUUAUUAUACACAAAAUCACAAGUUUUACAUAACGCAAGUUUUUGAGUAUACCAUAUUUAUUUCAAUUAUUUACUUUUUCCGUAGUUAUGUGUAUUUAUAGGUUUCUUAUGCAUCAAGAUAUCCGUGCAUAGAGCAUAUGCAUCUAAAGUUGAAUAUUAGUAACUUAUUAUAAUAAUAGUUGUAUUAUAUUAACUUAGUACUGUACUCGUACAAACACAGUUAACACAACUAUUGCAGUUAGUACAAAUAGAAAAAGAAUUAAUACGAAUUGAUACAAAUAUAAAAAAAGACCAAUUUCCUUAAAUAAUAAUUUACGAUAAUAUGAUUGUUAUGUAUUAUUCCAACAUUCCAUUUGUGAUUCAGCUAUAAAAUUUAUACAUUUAAUAUUGUUAUAAUAUGCGUUCAGAUGUUGAGUACGUAAUUUUUCAAACUUUAGAAUAAAAUACAUAGUUAUUGUAAAAGCAAGCUUUUUCGAAGUGAACAAAUGUAUUAUAAAACUUAUAUGUAUUUGAAAAUAUGCAAUUUUUAGAUGUUCAUUAUUUUUCACUUGGGUCAAAGGAAAAAAGCAUGCUUAAAAAUAAAAAAGGAGAUUUGUUUUAUGAAUUCUUCGAGGUUUUACAAAACAACACUGUUCAGAUAAACUUUGUAUUAAGUAAUAAUUCUUUAUAAUAUACAAUAUACAAGAAGAGUACAAAUUGUAAUAUGUCUAAUACCAUCAUAUGUAAUGACAUUGGCACAAAGUUUCCGCAUCAUUCAAAACGUGUUUAAGUAUUUUUAAUACCUCUAUGUACUAUUGGUAAGCAACUAAGUGAUUGCGGAAUUUGUCAAUAGGUGGUCUUAGUUCAUUCUUUUGUUUUGUCAACGAGUUCAAAGCAUCUAACCUAUAUCGUUUUUUUGUUGUUUGGACUCCCACCUUUAAUUUAGUAAAAAAAUUGUGUCGAUUAGUUAUUUAGUUCCGUUUUUAUCCCAAUCUAAAUAUGGAAGAACAAGACGCGCAUUUCAGACGUAUUUCAUUGUAUUAUUUCCGAAAAGACAAGAACGCAUCGCAGGCGCACAAGAAGUUAUGUGCCGUAUAUGGGAAUGAAGCCUUGAAAGAAAGGCAGUGUCAAAAUUGGUUUGCCAAAUUUCGUUCUGCUGAUUUUUCACUGAAAAAUGUUCAACGAUCUGGCCGUUCAGUUGAAGAUGAUGAGACCCAUAUGAAAGCCAUUAUCGAUUCAGAUCGUCAUAGCACAACGCGUGAGAUUGCAGAGAAGUUCAAUGCAUCGCAUACAUGCAUUCAAAAAAAAUUAAAACAGCUUGGCUAUGUCAGGAAACUCGAUUUAUGGAUCCCCUUAUUUUAAAUAAGAAGGAUUUAAAUCCUUCUUAUUUAAAAUAUGGAAUCGCUUAGUUGCCAACUAUAGUUCCAAUAAUUAAAUAAGAAAGAUUUAAAAUAUGCAAUCACCUAGUUGCCAACCAUAGUUCCAAUAAUUUUUGGCGAGUGACCAAAGAUGUGCGGGGCUUUGCAUUAUCAUGCUGGAAGAGAACACCCUUACCAUUUGCCAAGUCUGGCCGCUGUUAAUGAACUGCAUCACUCAGUUUAGCGAGUUAUUGAACGUACACGUUUGAAUGAAUUGUUUGGUUUCUUGGUAAAAGUUCAAAAUAUAGAAUUCCUUUAUAAUCCUACCAAACUGACAGCAUAAUCUUUUUUUGACGAAUCUCAGCUUUUGGUGUCGUCUGGGCUGGUUCAUCUUGCAUUAACUACGAUCUUUUCCGACUAACGUUGUUUUAAGCUAUUCACUUUUCGUCGCCAGUAAUCAGUCGUUUCAGAAAUGGAUCAAUUUCGUUGCGUUUCAGAAGCGAAUCGCAGAUGCUAAUGCGUUGCGUCAAAUGAAUUUCCUUAAGCUAAUGGGGGAUCCAUAAAUCGAGUUUCCUGACAUAGCCAAGCUGUUUUAAUUUUUUUUUAAUGCAUGUAUGCGAUGCAUUGAGCUUCUCUGCAAUCUCACGCGUUGUGCUAUGACGAUCUGAAUCGAUAAUGGCCUUCAUAUGGGUCUCAUCAUCUUCAACUGAACGGCCAGAUCGUUGAACAUUUUUCAGUGAAAAAUCAGCAGAACGAAAUUUGGCAAACCAAUUUUGACACUGCCUUUCUUUCAAGGCUUCAUUCCCAUAUACGGUACAUAACUUCUUGUGCGCCUGCGAUGCGUUCUUGUCUUUUCGGAAAUAAUACAAUGAAAUACGUCUGAAAUGCGCGUCUUGUUCUUCCAUAUUUAGAUUGGGAUAAAAACGGAACUAAAUAACUAAUCGACACAAUUUUUUUACUAAAUUAAAGGUGGGAGUCCAAACAACAAAAAAACGAUAUAGGUUAGAUGCUUUGAACUCGUUGACAAAACAAAAGAAUGAGCUAAGACCACCUAUUGACAAAUUCCGCAAUCACUUAGUUGCCAACCAUAGUAUUAAUAUCAUUCUACAAAUAUCAUAUUUGUAUCAGUACAUAGAAAAACAAGCAGUUAACUUACUAAAUACAUUACUUUUAAACGAUAUGUAAUAUGCAUAAGUAUAAGCGUUGGAAGAAGUUGUGAGAAAGUAUUUUCACUGUAAUAUGUAACAUAUAUUGUAGAUAAGCAGUUGCCAAUAAAUGUUUAUUUUUUAUAUGUAAAUAAAAACAUGUAUUUUGUAUCAAA